AUGGCGCCCUUGACAGCCGCUUCAGACGAAAAGACGCACCAAGCGCUCCUAGACAAGCUCGACAUCUAUGCAGUUUCUAAACCCUUCCGGAAUCCCAACUGGAAGCCACCACAGCGCCGCAACAAGAACCUGAAGCAGAUCCUCGGCGAAGCUUCACGGAAAGAGGCGUCGGUAAUGGCCACACAGAACAACAGUGGCAUUUCAACCCCUGCGGCCGCCAGUGAAGGCACCAAUGCAGCUGGAAACGCUGGCCGACAGCCCAACAUUGCACAGGCGGCUCAAAGCUUGAGUACGCUGGUCCUGGAGAAGAAUGGCAGAGCAGCUGCGGGAGGAAACGCAGCCGGCCCUGCACCCACGUACACAAAUAUCGAAUCUGCACCGAGCUUCCACCCAAGCAGUCAGAAAAAGUACUGCGACAUUACCGGCCUUCCUGCGCCAUAUACGGACCCCAAGACGCGUCUGAGAUACCACAACAAGGAAGUGUUUGGCAGUAUCAGGACGAUGCCGCAGAACGUAUCUGAAGGCUAUCUCGCGGCAAGAGGCGCACACACUGUCCUGAAAUGA